UCAAAUUCUUGCCUGGGAAGUUGGUCUAUUGUCUGGCUGGUCUCCGUGGAAACGGGCUGCUGAGAGUCCCGUUGCAGCGGCCGAUGGAGCCUCGACUGGUGGGGCCUGGACCCUACCGAGCGACGCGGCUGUGGAAUGAUACUAUUGAACUCUUUCGGAGUGGCAUGCCAUUACGGAAACAUCGUUGUCAUUUCAAAAGCUACGAGCGUUGCUUCACAGCAUCAGAGGCAGUAGACUGGCUGCACAGACUGUUGAGGCACAACCAGAAUUUCAGCCCAGAAGUAACUCGUGCACAAACUGUUCAACUCCUUAAAAAGUUCCUGAAGAAUCAUGUUAUUGAAGAUAUCAAAGGAAGAUGGGGCAAAGAGGAUUUUGAAGACAACUAUCAUUUAUACCGAUUUCCACCUUUCUCACCACUAAAACCAUACCCACAGCGACCUCUGUUCCGAAAGGAAAUUAUUACAUUUCCAAAUUGGGAUGAUAUUGAAAAAGAUACUUUCCAAGAACACAUACCAGUGAAGCAAAUCAUGUUGAACUCUGAAAUGUGGUUCAAACGUCACAGUAUAGCAAUUGGUGAAGUAUCAACAUGUAGACUUGUACACCGUCAAAGGUUAACAGAGGCAAAUAUAGAAGAGAUAUGGAAAUCCAUGACAUUAUCGCACUUGCAAAAAAUUUUAGGCUUGGAAUCUCUAGAAGAUGUGCUGGACACCAAACUUGUAAACUCAAAGCAUAUAAUCCAGAAUGUGUAUCAUGUCAACAAGCAGAGAGUUGUCAUUUUAAACGAUAAAUCAAAGGAUCUACCUCAUUGGGUGCUGUCGGCAAUGAAGUGUCUGGCAAAUUGGCCCAGGUGUCCAGAUCUGAAACAACCUACUUACCUGGGAUUUGAAAGAGAUGUCUUCAGGACUAUAGCUGAUUACUAUGGCCACAUUGAAGAGCCUCUUCUCACUUUCCAGUUUUUUGACAUCUUUGUCAGUGUGCUGGGUCUCCUCCAGGAAGAGACUUCAGCCAUUGAAGCACUGCAGGUUUGUUGUCUUCUUCUGCCACCAGAAAAUCGCCGCAAAGUGCAGCUGCUGAUAACUAUGAUGGCUAGGAUCAGUAUAAAUAAGGAUCUCCCCCCUCUAUGUGAUACAGCUGGGACAAGAACACUGAUGGUUCAAACCUUUUCUCGUUCUGUUCUCCGUUCCAAAGAUGAAGUGGACUUGGAUGAACUACUGGCAGCUAAACUAGUUUCAUUCUUGAUGGACAAUUAUCAGAAAAUCUUAAAUGUCCCUUGUGCUCUGAAAGCUGCAAUAGAGGAACAUGUAGCACAUCUUCAAAGGGUCCAGAUAAAAUAUCCGGGAACAGAUACUGAUGCCGCUAUACCUGCUCCAUCAUUUUGUCAUCAGAUCAGCACUGAUGAAUUUGAAUGCCAAAAAACGAAUGGCUUUCAAGAGCCACUGGCAAGCUUGCUGGAAGAAAUCACAAAGGACACAAAAAUGUCCGUCAAAGAGAAGAAGAAAAAAUUGAAGCGGUUUCAAAAAUCCUAUCCUGAUGUAUACAAGGAGCGAUUUCCUACCCCUGAAAGUGAAGCAGUUCUGUUUCCUGAAAAAAGUAAAAGGAAACCAAUGCUGUUGAUGUGGGCAUUUAAAAAACCUUUCCAGCCAUUUCAAAGAACAAGAAGCUUUCGGAUGUAGGACUUGAGUUGCAUCUCAAUAAUGGAUCAGUUUUAUGCAUCUGGAACAGCUGAAAAUACUUAUGACUACUGAAAACAUGGUUGAAAGGGAAAAACACUGGGGCAGGAAGCUGCUAUGCUGAGCCAUUACCAGUAAUUUUUGUUGUUGUUGCUCUUGUAAAUUUCUUAUGUCUUUCUUUUUAAAAAGAAGUAAAAAUUAGCUAUUGCCAAUUACUACAUUGGUUGUGACUUUAAGAUUUGAAAUUUUAAAAGGGAAACUACUGGACAUUGUUUAAAAAUACUGUAAAAUAUUUUAUGUACUUGAAUGAACCUGAAACACCAGGUCUUGUUCAGCACAGCUAUUUGUAAAUCAGGUAGCCAAACUUCAUACUACUGAUUUCAGCAAUGGACAAAAAGCCCAUUGUUUACAUGUCUAAGAUGGAAUGCUCAGAUUUAGAAGCAUGGACUUCAAAGCACAAGCUUUCAGUCGUGCCUUAUGAGAUCUGGUUAGGUAUUGCUGUAUCUAUGGAGAGCCAGUUUGGUGUAGUGGUUAAGUGUGCGGACUCUUAUCUGGGAUUCCUCACUCAUCCAUUUGCAGCUGCUGGAAUGGCCUUGGGUCAGCCAUAGCUCUCGCACAGUUGUCCUUGAAAGGGCAGCUUCUGUGAAAGCUCUCUCAGCCCCACUCACCUCACAGGGUGUCUGUUGUGGGGGAGGAAGAUAAAGAUAAAGGAGAUGGUGAGCCGAUCUGAGACUCUGAAAUUCAGAGUGGAGGGUGCGAUAUAAAUCCAAUAUCAUCAUCACCAAAAGUAUUAUGGCAUGUGGACUACUGUGACAGUUGCGGGUAUGUUGAAACCCCUCCCCCUUCCAUGUUGGUGGGCAGAAAGUAGCACAAUCAAUAGCAAUAUUUUGGUUGCUUUUUUAACUAGCUCCUUAACACUGGCAGCUCAUAGUUUCUGAUUGCAUAUGUAUAUAUGAACUGUUUUGUCAAAAGUAUGUACUAUUUCCUACAGUAGUUAUUGUAAAGGUUUUUUUCCUAUAAACGUGUGUGUUGCUUUUCAUAUUGUAGGGUUGUACCUGUACCCCUUUUGAGUGAAUGAGAAAAUGACUGCACACUUGAAAAGAUUACGCUGAAUGCGCUGUGGCCUAUCUUGGGAAUAUAUGAAGAGCCCUGGUGGUACAUCUAAGAGACCAAUGGCCCAUCUGAUGCAGCUUCCUGUUUCACACAGUUGCCAACAAACAAACAGGGUGUAGAGACCAAGGCACUUUCUGAUAUUGCCUCCUAGCACUGAGUUUCAGUGGUUACUGUAUCUGAAUAUGGGAGGUCCCCUAACUCAUCAUGACUAGUAGCCACUGAUAGACCUGUCCUUCAUCAAUCCACCUAAUCUGCUUUUAAAGCCAUAUAUGUUUGUGGCCGUCCCUGCAGUGAAUUCUACAAUUUAAUCACUCACUGAAUAAAGAAGUAUUUCCUUUUCUCCAUCCUUAAUCUAUUGCCUGUCUUCCUUACAAUUUAUGACUGCAGAGAACCCGACAACCAGAUGGCCUGUACUGGUGCUUAUUACAUGUGCAUCUCUCCUACCCCACUCCCAUUGCUAUGGAGUUAGGUGUUUGUAAAUGCAGUAAUUAGUUGACAUUAUUGAUUAAAAGAGAUGCAAGGUGCCUGUGCAAGAUACUCCUUUGUUACACAGUUACACUUUUGAGUGUGUCCCACCAAAGAUUUUUUUCAGGAAUUAUUCUGUAGGCACCAAGUCUUCCAACUGGUAAUUGAGCAUCUCUUUGGUACAAACUGUAUUGUAAAGUGGCAAAUGGUCUUUCCCAUUGCAGACUUGCAUCAUGUCAGUUCAGCUACAAUUAAGCUGCCCUCUAUCAAGUAUGACUGUCCCAGGUUUGAGGCUAGUACUUGCACAGUAUAAAGGUCAAAGCCCCUAUACAUAGAUCAUCUAUCCUAAAUAAGUUUAUUCUGAAGUAGACCAUUGGUUUUUGUGAGAUUUGCUUCCUGGCAAAGACAGUUAGGACUUCAGGCUAGCUUACUCAUGCGCUUCAUCGACCUUCUGCCAGUUGUUGGUACUGGUUGAAAAGUGGGAAGAGGUCCAACUAACUAGAAUAAUGGAGAAUUGUCAGAAGUCAGUGUCUUAGUUCUGUCUCUCCCAUCACCCUGAGAACUGGAUUUAAGAUGAAAUCUUGAAAGGCAAAAGAGUUUCAUGUAAUGAGAUUUCUGUACAUAAGGAACUGUAUUGUAAAUGUAUGUCCUGAAUUUAGCCAGGUUUUCUGCUCUUGUAGAAAAUAGCAAGCAUUAAAUCAUUCAUGGUUUUAA